GACGUAUUUCCGCUUCCUACCUCAGCGUGCGUUGAAGUAACCUAGCAAAACAUGUAUUGAACAUCUCAUUUAAUUAACAUUUUAUAGAGAAUCAUUAAACCACAAAUGCACAUCGACUCACGACAAUGGAGGGAUGUAUCCAUUGAGAGUCCCGACUGGAAGCGCGUGAGCUACGAGUUGAGCUAACGGCUCUUUUGUAGCUUCGGUUAGCCGAGUUAGCUGUUAGCUAAGUUAGCUAAGUUAGCUAACGUCAACUCACAGCCAGCUAAUUCUACCAAAACAACUCGUACUUCUAACGUAACUUCGCCGUUGUUACGUGUUGAAUCGAGCCGCCAUGGCCAAUCUAGAGCAGUGGGUGAACGACCGUCUCCAUGACAUCCUGGGUUUGAGUGACAGAUAUGUGUCUCAAUUCAUGAUCGGCAUCGCGCGGAAAUCAUCGAGUUCUCAAGACUUUGUGACUCGUCUCGAGGAGACGGGCACGAUUGACAUCGAACCGAGCGUGGUGACGUUUGCCCAAGAGCUCUUCGACAAGAUUCCUCGUAAGCAAGUUGUUGAGAAACCAGCGCGGGCGUUGGAACGCGAAGCCAUUGAGAUGGACAAGAAGAAUCGGACGUACACGUUACUCGAGGACAGCGACAGCGACGGAGAAGCUGUGCAGGAAAAGGACAAAGGGAAAAAGAAAAAGGACAAAGACAGAGGAAACAGGAGGAAGCACAUCAGAAAGAAGAAAGAGAGCGCGUCGUCGAGUGAGGACGAAGCACCAAAAAGGGGUGAAGAGUCUCCCAUAAAGGAAAAGGAAGAGGAAGAGGAAGAGUGGGAGAAGGAAGAGAGAGAGCGACAGCAGGACAUUGAAGAGAGAGAUGCGUUUGCUGAGCGAGUGAAGCAGAAAGACAAAGACAAGACCCGUAACAUAACGGAGAGGACGGACAAAAAGGCUUACGAGGAAGCUCAGAAGAGGCUGAAGAUGGCCGAAGACGAUCAGAAGAACAUGUUGCCAGAGCUGAGGAAGCGCUCUCGGUGGGAUUAUCUCAAGAAGAGAGAGUCCGAGAAGCUGGAGGACCUGGAGGCAGAGAUCAAAGACGACGAGUACCUUUUCCACACAGAGGAGCUGACGGAGAGGGAGAAAAAAGAGCUGGAAUACAAACGCACCCUGCGGGACCUGGCUAAGGACUACAAGUCGGCCGGCGUCAAGGAACACGAGGAGAGGAAGAACCGAUACUACAUGCCGGAAGAGAAGAGAAGCAAGGAGGUGCCCCAGAGGGACCUGGAGCUGGAGGAAACUCCCAUGGAGCUGGGAGGGGAGCAAGGCCGCUGGGAGGAGGAGAGGCUGAAGACGGCCUCCCUCAGCUUCGGAGCCAAGAGGGAGCGAGAGCAAGGGAUGAGACGGGAGCAGGAGAGGUACCAGCUGAUCCUGGAGGAGGACGAGAUGAUCGAAUUUGUCAGCACUGCCAUGACCAUGAAGGGAACCCGGACGGAGGAGGAGCAGGAGGCGCUGGUGCUGUCCCAGGCGGAGCUGAAGAAACAAUCCAUGCAGGAGGUCCGACGCAGCCUCCCCAUCUUCCCCUACAGAGAGGACCUGCUCGCCGCCAUCAACCAGCAUCAGAUUCUAGUCAUCGAGGGGGAGACGGGCUCAGGAAAGACCACUCAGAUCCCUCAGUACCUCCUGGAAGAUGGCUACACGAAAGGAGGCAUGAAGAUCGGCUGCACGCAGCCUCGCAGAGUGGCAGCCAUGUCGGUGGCGUCCAGAGUGGCACAGGAGAUGAGCGUCAAGCUCGGGAACGAGGUGGGUUACAGUAUUCGCUUUGAGGACUGCACAUCGGAGAGGACGGUGCUGAAGUACAUGACGGACGGCAUGCUGCUCCGAGAGUUUCUCACCGAGCCCGACCUCGCCAGCUACAGCGUGGUCAUCAUCGACGAAGCCCACGAGCGAACGCUCCACACGGACAUCCUGUUCGGGCUUAUCAAGGACAUCGCCAGGUUCAGGUCGGACCUGAAGGUGCUGGUGGCGAGCGCCACUCUGGACACGGAGCGCUUCUCCUGCUUCUUCGACGACGCGCCCGUCUUCAGGAUCCCUGGCAGGAGGUUCCCCGUCGAUAUUUUCUACACCAAAGCCCCGGAGGCCGACUACCUGGAAGCUUGCGUGGUGUCGGUGCUGCAGAUCCACGUCACCCAGCCCACCGGAGACGUGCUGGUGUUCCUCACUGGACAGGAGGAGAUUGAAACGUGUUGCGAGCUGCUCCAGGAGCGAUGCAGGCGGCUCGGAUCCAAGAUAGCAGAGCUGCUGGUCCUCCCCAUCUACGCCAACCUGCCAUCCGACAUGCAGGCGAAGAUCUUCAACCCCACCCCCCCAGGGGCCCGCAAGGUGGUGGUGGCUACCAACAUAGCGGAAACCUCGCUGACCAUAGACGGGAUCAUCUACGUCAUCGACCCGGGCUUCUGCAAACAGAAGAGCUACAACGCCCGCACCGGCAUGGAGUCGCUCAUCGUCACGCCCUGCUCGCGGGCUUCGGCCAACCAGAGGGCCGGCCGCGCAGGCAGAGUGGCUGCUGGGAAAUGCUUCAGGCUCUACACAGCCUGGGCCUUCAAACACGAGAUGGAGGAAACAACGGUGCCCGAGAUUCAGAGGACCAACUUGGGAAAUGUGGUCCUCCUGCUGAAGAGUUUGGGAAUCAACGACCUCAUUCACUUCGACUUCAUGGACCCACCUCCUCACGAGACUCUGGUCUUGGCGCUGGAGCAGCUCUACGCCCUCGGAGCACUGAACCACCUGGGGGAGCUCACCAAGCUGGGUCGCAGGAUGGCCGAGCUCCCGGUGGACCCCAUGCUGAGCAAGAUGGUCCUGGCCUCCGAGCAGUACAAGUGUUCCGAGGAGGUGCUGACGAUAGCCGCCAUGCUGUCGGUCAACAACUCCAUCUUCUACCGGCCCAAAGACAAGGUGGUGCACGCCGACAACGCCAGGAUGAACUUCGUGGUGCCGGGAGGAGACCACCUGGUGCUGCUCAACGUCUACACACAGUGGUUGGAGAGCGGUUACUCCACGCAGUGGUGCUACGAGAACUUCAUCCAGUUCCGCUCCAUGAGGAGAGCCCGGGACGUGCGGGACCAGCUGGAGGGUCUGAUGGAGCGCAUCGAGGUGGAGGUGGUGAGCUCUCAGGGGGACAGCUUGCCCAUCCGCAAGGCGGUGACGGCGGGGUAUUUCUAUCACACGGCGCGGCUGAGCAAAGGCGGCUACAAGACGGUGAAGCACCAGCAGACGGUCUACGUCCAUCCCAACAGCUCUCUGUUCGAGGAGCAGCCGCGCUGGCUCAUCUACCACGAGCUGGUGUUCACCACCAAGGAGUUCAUGAGACAGGUGAUUGAGAUAGACAGCGGCUGGCUGCUGGAAGUGGCUCCUCACUACUACAAGAGCAAAGAGCUGGAGGACAGCAGCAGCAAGAAGAUGCCCCGCAAGCAGGGCAAAGCUAAGGAGGAGCUCGGCCAAUGAGAGCCCAGAGAAGAGAGGAAGGAAAGAACAGACUGAGUGGGGAACUGCAGCUGUGUUUGGACCCGGUGGCGCAGGGCGGCGGGGGGACGGGGGUCACCGGGUUAACCACAGCGUGACGGUCCCACGGCUCGUUUCCAGCAGGCGCCGCGUUGAGUCAAAGCGUCUCAGUGGAAGCAGCACGCUGUUGGUGUGCAAAGCCUCCAUGAAGCUCCACAGACCCGUUUCCUUAGAGCUCGUUUCCCUCUCGCACGGGGCUCCUUGUCUUUUUAUUUCGUUUUUAUUUUCUACAGGAAUAAAGUUUUACAACCA